UGCGAAAUUAUCCCCAGUGUUAUCAAGAUGAGCAAGGACAGCCAGAACGUGAUGAAGGAAAUCAAGGUCGAGAAGUUGGUCAUCAACUGCUGCGUCGGCGAGUCGGGUGAUAAGCUCACCCGCGCUGCCCGCGUGCUCGAGCAGCUCACGGGCCAGAAGCCCGUGUACUCGAAGGCCCGCUACACGGUCCGCACGUUCGGUAUCCGCCGUAACGAAAAGAUCUCGUGCCACGUGACCGUCCGCGGCGAGAAGGCCCUCGAGAUCCUCGACCGUGGCCUCAAGGUCAAGGAGUACGAGCUCAAGAAGCGCAACUUCUCGGACACCGGUAACUUCGGCUUCGGUAUCGACGAGCACAUCGACUUGGGCAUCAAGUACGAUCCCUCGACGGGUAUCUACGGUAUGGACUUCUUCGUCGUCCUCACCCGCCCGGGCAUGCGCGUCGCUCGCCGCAAGCUCCGCCAGACGCGUGUCGGUGCCCCCCACCGCCUCCGCAAGCAGGACGCCAUGAACUGGUUCACGCAGAAGUACGAGGGCCUCAUCAUGUAAAUCGUGACGCGUCCCUAGUCUCUUUACUAAACCUUGUCCUAAACACUUGAGGAGUUAUUACU